GAGCUAACUAGAAAGACUAGAAGAGAGGCAGGAGAGCCAUACAGCAGUCUGGACCUACAACCGAGGAAAGUAAGAGUGAGAACCCCAGCAAAACAUCUUGUUUAUUUACUGUGAUCAGCAGCUUCUCAAUGGUUAACUAUAUGCGAAACAAAGUCAGCAUAGCUGUGAAGUAUGCUGUGAAUAUUAAUUGGGGGAAAAGGGACUACAGCUUCAGGAUGCUCCAGUGUGUGCUCUGCCUGCGAUACUUUCAAUGAAAAUAAGUGCUCAGUGUUUUGUCUUUGACCAGAUGUUUUAAAUUUCGAGAGCUAUGGGACUUGACAAACAGUGCUAUUUGAGGAGAAAGUGCACUGUAGUCCUGUGGUCCCUCUGUUCUUUUUAAAUAAAGAAACGGAUUGACUUUGGAUACCUCUUUCAGCUGUGCAUUUCAGAUAGCGCCAGGAAGUGUCUGCUUUACAGACUCAGUUUCAAUCAUAGGACACCAUGAAGCUGUGGAUUUAUCUUCUUUAUCCAUCUCUUCUUGCUUGUAUAUCUCUACAGUCCCAAUCAGGAAUGCCCUCAGUCAGAGGUUCUUGUGACACUCUUUGCAAUUGUGAAGAGAAAGAUGGCAUAAUGCUAAUAGAUUGCGAAGAAAAGGGCAUCAAUAAAAUAUCCCAAAUAACUGUGCCACCAUCACGACCUUUUCACUUAAGUUUAUUAAAUAAUGGCUUGACAAUGCUUCACACAAAUGACUUUUCUGGGCUUACCAAUGCCCUUUCAAUACACCUUGGAUUUAACAACAUUGCAGAUAUUGAGACUGGUGCAUUUAAUGGCCUUGGGCUUCUUAAACAACUUCACAUCAAUCACAAUUCUCUGGAAAUUCUUAAAGAGGACACCUUCCAUGGUUUGGAAAACCUGGAAUUCUUGCAGGCUGAUAAUAACUUUAUUACAGUAAUUGAACCAAGUGCCUUCAGCAAGCUCAACAGGCUGAAAGUGUUAAUUUUAAAUGACAAUGCUAUUGAGAGUCUUCCUCCAAACAUAUUUCGAUUUGUUCCUCUAACCCAUCUAGAUCUUCGUGGAAAUCAAUUGCAAACAUUACCUUAUGUUGGUUUUUUAGAACACAUUGGCCGGAUACUGGAUCUGCAGUUGGAGGACAAUAAGUGGGCGUGCAAUUGUGAAUUAUUGCACCUAAAAAACUGGUUAGAAAACAUGCCCCCACAGUCCAUAAUUGGUGAUGUUGUAUGCAACAGCCCUCCACUUUUCAAAGGGAGCAUACUGAGUCGCCUCAAAAAGGAAUCUAUUUGUCCUUCUCCACCACUGUAUGAAGAACAUGAGGAUCCAUCAGGAUCUUUGCUGGCCAUAACAUCUUCAGCUAGUGACAGCCGCCUAUCAACCAAGAAUAUAUCCAUUUUAAAACAACCUACCAAAGCACCGGGUUUGAUACCCUACCUUACAAAGCCAUCUACUCACUUUCCAGUACCUUACUGUCCUGUUCCUUGCAACUGCAAAGUCCUCUCCCCAUCAGGACUUCUAAUCCACUGUCAGGAGCGCAAUAUUGAAAGUUUGUCAGAUCUACAGCCUCCUCCACACAAUCCUAGAAAGCUGAUUCUUGCAGGUAAUAUCAUCCAUACCUUAAUGAAGUCUGACCUGAUGGAAUAUUUCACUUUGGAAAUGCUUCACUUGGGAAACAAUCGUAUUGAGGUUCUUGAAGAAGGAUCAUUCAUGAAUCUAACAGGACUGCAGAAGCUCUAUCUCAAUGGCAAUCAUCUUACUAAACUAAAUAAAGGUAUGUUCCUUGGUCUUCACAGCCUUGAGUACUUGUAUCUUGAAUACAAUGCAGUAAAGGAAAUAUUACCUGGGACCUUCAACCCAAUGCCUAAACUGAAAGUUCUUUAUUUAAAUAACAACCUUCUCCAAGUUUUACCACCACAUAUUUUUUUAGGUAUUCCUCUAACUAGAGUAAAUCUUAAAACAAACCAGUUCACGCAUUUACCUGUAAGUAACAUCUUAGAUGAUCUUGACCUAUUGAUCCAGAUUGACCUUGAGGAUAACCCCUGGGACUGCUCCUGUGACCUGGUUGGAUUGCAACAAUGGCUACACAAGCUUGGCAAGAACACAAUGACGGAUGAUAUCCUCUGUACUUCCCCAGGGCAUCUUGACAAAAAGGAGUUAAAAGCCCUCAACAGUGAACUUCUUUGCCCUGGUUUAGUAAAUAACCCUUCGCUGCCAACUCAGACUAGUUAUAUUAUGGUCACUUCUCCCACAAUGGCAACUGAUACAGCUGGUACUAUUUUAAGUUCUCUCACUGAUGCUGUACCCCUAUCGGUUCUAAUCUUAGGACUUCUGAUUGUGUUCAUAACUAUUGUAUUCUGUGCUGCAGGAAUAGUGGUUCUUGUCCUCCAUCGCAGGAGAAGAUACAAAAAGAAAAAAGUAGAUGAGCAAAUGAGAGACAACAGUCCUGUACACUUGCAGUACAGCAUGUACGGCCAUAAAACAACGCACCACACAACUGAAAGACCUUCUUCCUCUCUCUAUGAGCAGCAUAUGCUGAGCCCCAUGGUUCAUGUCUACAGAAGUCCAUCUUUUGGUCCAAAGCAUUUGGAAGAAGUUGAAGAAAGGAAUGAUAAAGAGGGAAGUGAUGCAAAACAUCUUCAGAGGAGCCUGUUAGAACAGGAAAAUCAUUCACCACUUACAGGUUCAAAUAUGAAAUACAAAACUACAGAGCAAUCAAUGGAUUUCCUAUCCUUUCAAGAUGCAAGUUCAUUAUAUAGGAACAUUUUGGAGAAAGAAAGAGAACUUCAGCAACUAGGCAUCACAGAGUAUCUAAGAAAAAACCUUGCUCAACUCCAGCCAGAUGUGGAGGUGAGCUAUCCUGGAGCCCACGAGGAGCUGAAGUUAAUGGAAACAUUGAUGUACUCACGACCAAGGAAGGUGUUGGUGGAACAGACUAAAAAUGAAUAUUUUGAGCUCAAAGCUAACUUGCAUGCUGAACCUGACUAUUUAGAAGUCUUAGAGCAGCAAACAUAGAGGGGUUGUUCAUGGGAUUUUGCAGAAAUGCUGUAAAGCUGACGUAAGUCCAAAUCUUGGAAAUAAGUGCCUUACAUGGUUGCCAUCAAUCGGAAAUCAGCACAGCAGUAGUCCUACGGGAGAUAAAAGAAGAAAGUGAAACUCAGGGAUCAUUGAGGAAGCCAUGGCGUUAUCAUAAGGCAACUUAUCCUGUUUCAAAUAAAACAAAUCCUUGCAUAUAACUAAGGCAAGGAUUUUAGUAGUAUUUCUCCUUAUGUUUAAAAGGAAUUCAGAAAAUUUCUCUUGCAUACCUAAUGGGUUGAACAUCUAAACAGCUCCAGUUUUCAUGACUGAAUAACUUGUCCAUGGCUGAGUAAAAUUGGAUUUCACCAGUUAAGAAAAUACCUGUAUGAUAUAUAUGUACAUAGUAUGUAAGAGAUAUAUUCAUAACCAACAUAUAUGUCAGAAAUUUGCAUUGCCAAACACAUGAAAUUUUCUCACCAUAAAUGAAAAGGGAAUUGGAAUUUAAAUUUAGAAAUGGCAAUAGUAAAGAAAAAUGUAAAUUUUGUAAUUAUAUGGUCCAUUAAUGAUUCAGAAUUUUCAACGAGGGAUGAAUAAAUAAAUGCCACCCCUAAGCUUUCUGAAUUAAGACACAGAUGACAAAUAGUUCAUGUCGGAUAUAUAAGUGAACAUGUUAGUUUAAUCUACACAUUUUGUGGGGAUUUUCUUGAUGUAAAGCUGCUGUGAAGCUAAGGUAUGUCAUUUGUGUUUAACAGUCUCCUCUUCUUGAGAUAUUUUUUAAAUGCUACUGAGAUUCUAUGUAUAUAUUAUUAGAGCACUUAGAAAGUUUGAUUCUUUUCAUAGUGUUAAUUAUUUGUACAACUGGAUGACAAUGACAAAAAUGUCUCUCGUGGCACGAAAUUGAAAGAUAUAAAAUGAAUGGUAAAAUUAUUAUUUUUUACAUACACUGAUAGAUGCCAUAGAUAAAUAGCAGAAGGCAUUGCUACAGUAAUUGUUUUGAGUUGCCUCAGGAGAGGGACAGUGUAGCUUUAUUUUACAAGAAGGUAUCACUAGAUUUCUAUGAACUAUUUAUUCUGUAUAGUUUUGUAUAUUUUUGGUUCACAAAAUAAUUAUACUUGGGUGCCUUUCAAGAAAGUUUAAAAUUACUGCUCACUUCAAUAAAAUUAAAAUGAAAACUGUU